GAUGUCAGACAACCGUUUGGUGCAUAUUAUUUGCCUCGAAGUCCAGAGUUAAAAGUUGAAAUAUUCGUAAUAAUUAAUCACUGAAGUUUUUUUAGAUACUGCAGUUUUAGAAAAACUUUGGGUGUCAAAAUGCAGCAGAUAUUUCGUUUGAUAGCAGUUGUCCUGCUACUUAGCUUCGCAACUGCGGCUCAAGAUAACAAACCACAGAGUUCGGAAGACGCUCUCAAAGUUGAAUUGCAAGCAAAAAUAAGAAGUAUCUUGACACCCACUGCACAGCAGGUUGAGCAGUUAAGAGCUCUAUUCGAAACAUUCACCUCAAACCUUUCAUCUACUGGAACAUGCCAACAAAAUACAAAUAAACCAGUGCAAGUUUCGUGCGAGCCUAACCACGUAUGUGUUCCGCUAACGAAUUGUAAAUUCAAAACGCUUAAUAAAGACGGGAAUAACAUAAUCCAACUUCGAAAUGCAAAUAAUAAUGCGUGUAACUAUUUGGAAACCUGCUGUCCCAUAGACAAAAUCAAUAUGUCCAUCGACAAUGAUAUGGGCGAGGACGAGCAAGCGGCGUGUGGCAUUCGGCAUGUGAAUGGCGUCAGUUUGAAUCAGAAAGCUGAGUUUGGUGAAUUUCCCUGGAUGGUGGCCAUCAUGUUGAAGCCGGAGAAAACUUAUUUUGGAGGCGGUUCGAUUUUGUCGCCAAAAAUUGUGCUGACUGCAGCUCACAAGGUUGACAGUAUAGAUGCGGAAAAGCUGCUGAUUCGUGCUGGCGAGUGGGAUAUGAACUCAGAGCUGGAACGCUAUCCACAUAUAGAUCGCAAUGUUAGCGAGAUACUACUCCAUGACAGUUACUCCAAGACAACCAAGACUAACAAUAUAGCCUUGCUUGUUCUUGAUAACAGCUUCAGCAACAAUCCACACAUCUCGCCCAUCUGUCUGCCCAGUGCCAAUGCCAAAUUUGAUUAUUCAAACUGCAUUGUCACGGGCUGGGGCCAAAAGACCCUAGGCGCGAGGUAUGAACACGUUCUUAAGGAGGUAACCGUGCCCAUCGUACCUCGUGACGAAUGCCUUGAAAAGCUGCUAGCUGUACGAAUUCCUCCCUCACAUGUUCACCCGAGCUACAUGUGCGCAGGCGGCAAGGCAGGUUUCGAUUCCUGCCUGGGCGAUGGCGGAGCUCCCCUCGUCUGUCCCAUCUUGGGCAAUCCCGAUCGAUACUACCAGACAGGCAUUGUGGCAUGGGGGGUCCGUUGCGCCAUGGACAAUGUGCCCGCUGUCUACACAAAUGUUUCAUAUCUCCUGUCCUGGGUUAUCAAAGAACUCGAUAGGUUGGGCAUUGAUAAGCAAUUCUAUACUCUAUAAUCACUUAGAUAUCUAAGUCGCUAUGCUGAAAAAAUAGCUCCACAUAGCAAUAGCCGUAGUUAAAAACG